ACCUGACCCGGUAUAACGAUGUGGGGAAGGGUACAAGUAUUUGUGGGGAGUGUUGUCAACAAGUUAGCCCCAAAGUCCAACACUACUACUGAGCCAAAUAAACCACGCAAGUACCUGUAUGAGCGACCACAUUUCCUAAAGCUGGGGCAGAAACAACAACAAGAGGUCACAAAUACAAGUUCUAGAACCAUUGUCACUGCUGGUGAAAAUCUACCAAGACGAGCAGGUUAUGCUGAGGUUAUUAAUGGCGGUAAAAGUGCAGUUAAUGAAGACCAGGGGGCAGCAGAAGAAUUCUUCUUGGGAUAUAAACCCACCAAGACAGCAACAGAACAGAAACAACCUGUAAUGGUUAUGACAGAAGUUGUCGGUGAUGGCUCGGAUUUAGUUCCUGUGACCUACUUUGGGAUAUUUGAUGGCCAUGCUGGUGCUGAUGCUGCUUUGCUUGCAUCCAAAAUCCUACACAAACACAUAGAGGACAAGUUGAAUUGUACAUGGGAGGUGAUUAAUCAGAAAUUAGUGCCUUCUAAACAGAAAGCAGAGGAUCUGAACCUGGGAAAUCUUAGUAACAUCUCUGUAGAUGAGCUCAUCACUGGUGUCCUGGAGGAGGCAUUUGUAGAACUGGAUGACCAGAUCAUGCGGGAACGCCUUACCUACACUAUACGAGGGGGCUGUGCUGCCAUUGUUACUAUGUUUAUGUUUGGGAAAGUAUAUGUAGCAAAUGCUGGAGAUUGUAGAGCAGUAUUGUGUGCUGGGGAGAAGAUAGUUCCGUUAUCUCGUGACCAUACACCAUAUGCAGAAAGAGAACGACUGACUAACCUUGGAGACGCCAAACCAGAGUUGUUACAUGGAGAAUUCACAUGUACAGAAUAUACACGUCGCAUAUUCAGGCAGGAUAUUGGUCACAGGGUACUCUACAGAUCUCCACACAUGACAGGAUGGGCAUAUAAAGUGGCUGAUUAUGAUGCACUGAAGUUUCCACUAGUAACUCGAACUGGAAAAAAGUCUCGACUCAUGGAAACAAUAGGAGUGGCCCGAGGUUUUGGUGACCAUGACUUACGAGUUUUUGAUUCAGAUAUAUAUGUCAAACCUUUUCUUACACCAAUUCCAGAGGUUGAAAUUUUUGAUACUAAAGAAGAAGAGCUAGGAGAAAAUUGUGUGAUAAUUAUGGCAUCAGAUGGUUUGUGGGAUGUUAUAUCAAACUCGGAGGCUGCAGCCAUUGUCAGACAGACUCUUGCCAGCUAUAAUUCUAACGACUACAAAAGGUAUACAGCUGCUGCACAAGAGUUGGUCACACAAGCCCGGGGGUUCUACACAGGACAAGGAUGGAGGAAGAAAAAUUCUGAUGACCAGGCGUCGUUUGAUGACAUCAGUGUUUUUGUUAUUCCUUUACAUGACUAGAUUAUUUUAAUAUAAAGAUAUUAAUUCCUGGUGUGUCAAUUCCUGACCAUAGGAAAUAAAAGGUAGAAGAGAGGUGCUAAGUUCAAGUGGUAUUAGGUUGCAGUGGCUUGUGUCCUAGUGUCAGUUGGUGGAUCUAGUCCACCUAGCUGUAUAAAUUGAAAGUUGAUUAUGAGGAAGUAACUGUGAUAGGUGUGUUUAUUAAACUAUAAAUAAUAUGUUGAAAUCUGGAACAGUAAUAGUUUGAUACUUGUAAGCAUUCCUUAAGAGUUGUGCCAAUUCCAGGUUUUAUUGAAAGAUGAAACUACAAAGUUUAUUUUUUAUAGUUUCGUGAUUUUGUACCCCUUGUGCUAUUUUUUAUACUUGUCUCAUAGGAGAAAAACUUAUUUCAUAUGUAGUAUUCAUUUUCCAUCAGUUACACAACUGAUAGUCAUCGCUAUUAUAAGGAGUAGGAGUAGUAUUGUUUUGUUAAAUUUUCUAAACAGUUCUUACAAAGAUUAACAAUAUAUCACUUUCAAACAGUGCCACACAGAAGCACUUUCAAGAACAUGUUAGAAUUUUAUGUAUAGUAUUCUGAAAAAGUUUUUUCUCUGUAAGCUAUUUUGUAAUAGAGGUAUAUGUAAAGUUUACAGAACCAAUUAUUAGCUCACCUGGACCAAAGGGCCAAGUGAGCUUAUACCAUGGCACAGCAUCUUUGAACAAAACUUAAUCAUACAGCUGUUUUGUCCUUUUGACAUGUCAUGCAGUGAUGAUGGUGAUCAAAGGUUUUGAAAACCUGAGUUGUGCAUUAAUUCAUUAUAUUAUCACUAUACUGUUUCGUUUUUUUUUCUGUUGGGAUUUGGAUUCAUUUUCUUGUCAGUUUAAAAGAUAUUUUGUGCAAUCUUUAUUGCAUAAUGUUUUAUGCUACUUUUUCUAUGAUUUUUAAUAGUAAACCAAGAGCAAUAAA